CAGUGAAGAAGUCCUGCUUCCCUUGGCUUUCAUCAAUUACUUUAUUUGCAUUUAUUGCAAUAUUUUGUUUUUUGAAUAUGAAACUAUUUGUUUGUUUAGUCCUUAUUGGAGCUAUCGGAGUAUCAGCUAAACCUAAACCAAGUGCUGAUUGGUCCUCCGGAGGCGGUGGAGGCGGCGGAGGCUGGUCUUCCGGAGGAGGUGGAGGUAGCUGGUCUUCUGGAGGAGGAGGUGGCGGAGAUGUGCAGAUUUUAAAAGUGAUCACUGAAGAGGGCGGCGGUGGUGGGGGCGGAGGUGGUUGGCCCUCAGGCGGUAGUGAUUGGUCAUCGGGUGGUGGAGGCGGCGGAUGGACUUCGGGUGGAAGCGGUGGUGGAGGUGGUGGAGGUGGAGGAGGGGGUAUUAAAAUAGUUAAAAUUAUAAGUUUAGGAAGUGGAGGAGGUGGUGGCGGUGGUGGUGGCAGUGGGUGGUCAUCCAGCGGUGCGGGAGGUUGGUCUUCUGGAGGAGGUGGUGGUCAAUCUACAAAAAUUAUAAAAAUCAUAAAACUUAGUGGAGGCGGAAAUGGAGGAGGAGGUGGCUGGUCAUCAGGAGGUGGGGGAGGUGGGGGAGGUUGGUCAUCGUCAGGUGGAUGGGACUAA